GCGCCGAUGGGCAAAAUCUCCCCGUAAACGAGAAGGUUAAUGUUUCAAGGCUGGAUUACUUCGCAGGGAAGAGAAUGUCUUUAGGUUGUUUGAGGUUGGCUCUGAGCCGCGCAACGAGAGCCUCGUGUCCCACGACAAACCCGGUGACACUCCUCCUCCUGUAUAAACCCCAGUCUAACAGAACCACAUGGGGUUACCUGGGCAUACAGCUCCAGCAGUGGACACUGUUCUCCACCGUAGCGGGCGACGAUGGAGACGCCGCCAAGGAUGAACCACAGGAGAAGAAGAAGAAGAAGAAACAGGACCCGAAAGCUCGAACCACCAUCAGCAGCGUGGGAAGGAAGAUCUUCCAACGCCACCUGCUCCUCCUGGACGAGGAGGGCGAGAACCUGGGGACCAUGCACCGGGCCGACGCCCUGAGGCUCAUGGAUGAAAAAGGGCUGAAGCUGGUGCCUGUGAAUGAGCACGCCGAACCUCCGGUGUACCGGCUCAUGAGCGGGAAACAGAUUCACGGGGAGCAGAUGAAACUGCGGGAGAAACAGAAAACCAAGGCGUCAGGUGUAGUCCAGGUGAAGGACCUGACUCUGUCCUCUGACAUCGCUCCACACGACCUGGACACAAAACUGAAACAGGUAACGAGCUGGCUGGAGAAAAAGCACCACGUGAGACUGACGCUGAAGCCGAGACGGGACCAGAGCGAGCAGGCGUUGGACUCGGUUCUGGACGAGAUGGUCGGGAGAAUAACGGCUCCGCUCGGCUUCGUCAACAAACCCAAACUCAUCCGUGAGGGUCGAGCAGCCAGCUGCAUCCUGCGUCCUCCGUCCGCUAAAGAGCUGCAGGCCCAGGGGACGCGACCCGCGGCACAGACUCCCUCCAACACCCACGAACCAAACCCCGAGAAACAGGAACCGCCCGGAUCUCCGUCAGAGCGGGACAGAGACUCUCAGCAGCAGUGA